GCAAAACACACGCAUUCACACGGCAACAUCUGCAAAGCUGAAGACAGCACAGCACGACUCAGAGCACAGGACACCUGCACGGCUGAGAUUCGCAGCGCUGUCUGCAAAACGCACACUGUAAUUUACAAAUUAACUGUGCAGGGGAACUCAGGCAUAGGGAAUACUUCUGUAUUAUUAAACUCGGGUAUUUUCUACCAAAAAAAAAAAAAAAAAAAAAAAAAAAGACUUGUACCUGAUAAAACAACAAGUAUGUCCAUAUAGAAAACAAACACUUAAAAAAAAACAUCUUUUUUGGGGUGUAUUUUAUAUUGACUGGAUGAUUGCAAUACACAUGCAUAGACAUCAAGAAACUCUCGCAUUUUGAAGAGGAUUGUAUACAUACAAGAAUCAUUUUGAGCACGUAUGGACGUAUGGAGCGCGUAUAAUUGAUGGUUGGAGUUGAAUGACAGUUUUUUUUUUUUGUUUCCCCCUGACCUAAAAUGCCAAAAAGCGGCAUGGGACCAUCAAGCCGGAUUUAAUACUGACACCCGGCUGCAAACUUCUUUUGGAUUAAAAAACCACCAGAGGACAGCGCACACAUUCAAUUUACCCUCCCAGAGCAGAAACCGCAUCCCUGAUCUGCAAAUCAGUUCUAAUUGAAUUCUACCUGUGGAUGUCUGUCUUGUUAUAAAUGUACAGUCAAUCUUGCGAACUGAAAUCGAGGCGGCACGAUGCAUUUGGGAGCAUUGCUCGUGUCUUUCACUUGCUACCUGACGUUUGCCAUCUCGCAGGGGGACAAGAUUCCCGAGGCGAUAGUCCGGAAACUCCGAAGCAGUGCGAUCCAUUCCAUCCAGGACCUGCAGCGAAUUUUGCAGAUAGACUCCGUAGAGGAAGAUUCACUGCCUGACCAGGCUGUGUCAUUCAGAUGGCAGCUGAGAUCCAACUCCAGCUUGAGUAGAGUGGUGCGCAGUCCACAGGGCCUGGCGGCAGAAGCGGAAAUGGCCAUGCCUGCGCAGUGCCAGCCUCGCACCGAGGUCCUGGAGCUCACCAGAGGCAUGGUGGACCGCAGCAACACCAACUUCCUGGUGUGGCCGCUCUGCGUAGAGGUGCAGCGCUGCUCAGGGUGCUGCAACACUCACAACAUGCACUGCAUUCCCACCCGAGUGCAGCCACGCCACCUACAGGUGGUGAAGAUUGAAUACAUGCAGGGGAAACCCCGCAAUGGGAAGGCGCAGGUUACUGUGGAGGACCACCUGGAGUGUCGGUGUGAGAGCAUCGCCCCCCAGCGCUCGGCACAGCACUCCAAACACAAACCAGCAGUCACGACGGUCCCUGUGAUGACACCCCCUAGAGUCACGCAGCCCCGAUCGAAGAAGCUCCUCAGGAGGAAACACCGCAAGUUAAAACACAUCUCCCAGAAGGCAGCGCUGAAAGAGCGGCUACCCAGAUAGAAGAGCCAGGGCAGUUUGCUCUGGUGACCUAUCUGGAUGAGGUCCUUGAAUAUUUAGCCGUCUGAAGGACUGCCUGGGAUGAAAAACAUGGCGCUUCCUUCCUUGUAUUAUUAUUAUUAUUAUUAUUAUUAUUAUUAUUAUUAUUAUUAUUAUUACAUUUGUGCAAUUGUUUCAGUGGAUAACAAUUAAUAAAAGACUUUCUGUUCAGCUUUGCUACACCCAGAGCAAAAAUGCACUAAAAGUAAAUAGUAAAAAAAGAUCAAGUUUGUGCUGACUUCCCUUUGAACACAGAGGACCAAAGAAUUUCAAAUCCCAUUAGCCCUUAUGGUAGGCACAGAUCCAUUUCCUGUUAAAGCAAGCUGAUUGGACAAUGGCAGGUGAUUAAAAAAUGCAGGACAGCUCACUUUGAAAAGAAUGAACCACUUUCUCAGAGGAAUGGACUCUGAAUUGGACGAACUGCUGGAAAUGAUCAAGCAACAACAAUAGGAUAUUUCCGAUGUCUAUUGAAAGAAAUCAAAUGACUUUAUGAGUGAUGUUUUUUUUUUUCUUCUGUGCAUUCCUUACUCUGGCCUGGAAAGGACACUUGGAGCCAGUGGAACAGAAAUGUCUUGCCUGUAACAUUUUUAAAACAAGUAUUGACUUCCUUGCUUUUCAAAUACAGCUAUGAAUCAUCUGUGAAGCUCCUGAGUUGUGAAAUCAGCAUUGAUUCUUGUGAAAAGCGGACAUCCUUGAAUACAAGAUUUCCUGUUUUUUAAUGUUGUGUGGUUUAAGGAACCUGCGAUGUUGAAUCAGCCAUUUUAGUCAGGUUUCACCAAAAGCUGCGAUUCAGAAUGGAGUGGAAUACCUCCAUAAGCACCUUCACUUCACUGCUCAGUCCAGCCCCAUCAGAAAACCCCUUGGAUUGAAUUGUUAAACAGUAUUAGUCAUUCUUUAAAGGAACUGAUCAGAUUUAGCAAAAUGUGUCAAGACAAAAAAACGUGAAACGUAUUUUAACAGCCAAAACAUAAUUUGAAGUAUGCCACUUAGAUGUGUUUCAGUGUCUUGGUUAGUCCUUUUCCAAGCCAUAAUACUUUCUGAAGGACUUCAAGCAAUGAAAUGAUUUGGCAUCUCCCCUUUUUAAUGAUAAAACUAAUAAGCAAAUGCAGCCUGUUAUUGGUUUACUAGCGCUGUGCCCCAGUGACCAAGCUAAAUGUGUUUCCUUGUCUCUUUCAAGCAAUACGACCGUUGCCCCCCCCCCUUCAGACAAGUAACUAACCAAGGCAUUACAAUCCAAUUUCUUACCUCUUAUUGGCACUAGCAACAUUGUUACUGGCCCCCCCUUCAAAAGAGACACCUACAUACACCAUGUGUAUUCCCAAGUUAUUGGCUUGUGCAAUUGUAUAGUUUAGAGUUGCUAGGUAAGGCAAUGGCAGGUUUUAUGCAGGCUUUGUAGCACGUUUGUACUUUUCAGGUCUGCUUGCAUGAGCAGUUGUAAACUACUGAGAAUAUUUGUUGAUGUUUCCUGGUGAACUGGAAACCGUUUUUUUAUUGUUAUUUUUUUUCCUCUGUCAUAUUUAAAUUAUUUAAAGGGGUGUCCCGCCCCCCCCACCCCGUGUUCUGAAAUGUAAUUAUGGCUA